AUGACUGUCGAGACCCUUGCUGUUAUCUACCGCCCCGACGAGCACGCCGACGAGUACCUCGUCUUCAUCGACGACGAGGUCGAGUUCAAGCAGUGGAAGGCUGAGCCCGUGGGAGGCAAGGACAUCGCUCUUGCCCGCUUCAUUGGCAACUUCAACAUUGUGAGUACCGCUUGCGUGUGGAUGGCAACCACCACCCCAGCGCCCUCGUGUGACCAUCCCCCAGCUGACUCUUCUCCUCAGUACAAGACCGGCACUGGACACACCGGCACCCUCCUGGCCAUCUCAAAGCAGGAGACCGAGUCUGCCUUCUUUGGCGAUGACAAGAAGAUCAAGGACAAGUCCACCGACGCCGCCAUUGCCCUCAUCCUGCAGAACGGCAUCGAGCAGCGCCAGAAGUUCAACGUCGGCGGCGAGAACCUCAACCCUUCCCGCGGCCAGGGCGACGUCCACGUCGGUGGUGGCCACGCCGGACGCCGCUAG